AUGGCCACGGAGGCUCUCACCUCAUGGCCCAGCAAUGGCAGCGGAGCCCUGUGUCCUGUGGAUGCUGCCUUUGCCCAGCGCUUCUUGCCCACUGUCUACCUGGGGGUGAUCCCCCUAGGGCUGGUGGGGAACGGGCUGGGGCUGUGGCAUCUCUGCACUGGGCCCUGGCAGGGUCCCCGCCAUCCCCUGGGCUUGCUGGUGGGCAACCUGGGCCUGGCCGACCUGCUGUACGUCAGCACACUGCCCUUCCUCGUCAGCUACUACCUGCAGGGCAGAGUCUGGCUCUUCGGGCACGGCUGGUGCCGGAUCACCCGCGCCCUCUUCCAUCUCAACCUCUAUGCCAGCAUCGGCUUCCUCACCUGCAUCAGUGUCCACCGCUACCUGGGCAUCGUGCACCCGCUGAAGGCACGGGGCAGGUGCCAAGGGGCGACCUCUUCAGUGUGGCUAAGCUCCAUGGUCUGGAUGUGGGUCAUCGCACAGGUAGCUCCUGAUUUUGCCUUCAGCAAGAUGGAUGAUAUAGGGACGCGGUGCCAUGACACGACAGGGCACGACAACCUGAGUGCUUACUUGCCGUACACCGUGGCCAUCACAGUGACUGGGUUCGUCAUCCCAUUCCUCAUCAUCAUCGGAUGUUACUGCCAUGUUGUGGUGGUUCUUUGCAGGAAUGACACCAUGGACCUCAGCCUCAGGAGACGAAGCAUCAGACUGGUGAUUCUUGUGAUGGUCCUCUUCUCUAUCUGCUUCCUCCCCUACCACAUCUUCAGAAACCUCAACUUGUUGUCUCGAGGCUGGCAGCUGCAAGGAUACUGCACACAAGCUUCGAAGAACAUCUACAUUUCCUACCAGGUGACCCGGGGCCUGGCCAGCUUCAACAGCGCCCUCAACCCCCUGCUCUAUAUGAUGACCAGCGAAGACUGCAUGUCACGCAUCAGGACCAUCCGCCAAAGAGCCAGCCAGUCCCUGGGGUCCGGCUUCAGAAGGAAAACCUCUUGCCAGGUGGACAAGAAGAAGAUGAACAUCAUUUUUUGUGAGGAGGAGGCUUCUGAUGAGCUCUGA